UAAAAAAAUAACAAGGUGUCGCUAGUAUUUUUUUAAAUUUUUUUUUAUAAAACUUUUAUGAUCCAUUCAUAAAUUUGUUUUUACGUUUGAAUUAUGAGAAUUCAAUAUUUGUGGAGACAAAGGACUUUGUUUCAGUUGAUGGCUCAUAGAAGAGCAUCAACUUAUAAUAAAAGACCAUUCUGGAGACGUCCAUGGCCUGCAGCAUUACUAGGAUGUGCUGUAGUAGGUACCGCAGCUAUUGCAUUUUCUAAACCUUCACCGAUCGAUGCAAACUAUCCAGCAUCUGUUGCCAGGUAUAUACAUGAGGCACUGUACAGGCAAACGGGAUCGAGCAUUCAAGACUUUCAACGUGCCUGGAAAGCAUACCAGUCUGCUAUUGAGCAGGCUGAAAAGGAAAAUAUGGAUAUGGAAUCGGCACCAGUACAAGGUAUUCGACUUCAAAUGGCUAAUUUACAAGAAUCAUCAGGAGGAUAUCAAUUAGCUUGGAAGUUAUUUUGGGAUAUUUUUAAGCGAACGAAAAACCUGAAAGAUUUUACUGAACAGAGAGUUUUAAUUGCUAGUAAAAUCAUUGAGUUGUCAGAGCCCCUUGGCUUACAGGUGGAAGCGACGAAAGCUGCAGACUUUAUUGUCCAGACUUUGCUUCGGAAUGAAAUUGCGGAUGAACCCGAAAAGAAGAGUCGUCUGUUUGAACAAGCUGCUACAUUAUACUUUCAGCUUGGGAAGCCUUUUUAUGCUGUUCCCUUAUAUUAUCAAGCAUUCGAAUUGACGAUGAACAAUCCGACUUGUCAUGGAUUGAUUUUAAUGAAUAAUCUAGCUACUAGCUUACUCGCUCAAACAGAUCAUACUGAUAAAAAAUACCACGAAAAGUUACUUCAGCAGUCUAGAGACUGGAGCCAAAAAGCUGUGGACUCAUAUCAUUUCGCCUAUCCAAAGGAUCGCAACGUGGAAUGUCAUUCAGGAUGUGCUGCAGCUUUCUUUAAUUUGGGACAGAUUGCAGAGAGAAAUGGAGAUAAAGAAAGCGCUAUUAAAAACUAUCGAAACGCUGAAUCCUUACGGGCUCACGACCCGUAUAAUGAUGGGUCUAUGAUGGCCCAUAUCGCGUUAGAUCGUUUAGACAAAAAUUCCUUCUUGCGCUCAAACGACGAUUAACAAGUAUUUUAGUAUGUCUAGUAUAAUGUAUCUAUAUUAACUUGUCUUUCUUCUAUAAAAUGAUCCUCUAAAACGUU